AUGUUGCGGUCUUGUUUUUGUUGCGGUUUCGCUCCUCCUCGUCCUCGUCGUAGUGCAGUUGUGGCGUCUCUGCCGCCGAAAGACCUCGCCGUCACGCCGAUCCUUACCACGUUGGCAACGGCCAAACGCAGAUACAGAUUUCACAAUUCAGUGCACCGGGACAAACGAAAUAAACUGCACCGUAAACAGAUAUCUCUCAAUCACACCAUGUUCGUAGUGCCCAGGCACGUACCAUCGGGUACGCCGACCACCUUCGAGUAA